UCGGUCAGCUGAGUGCUGGUCACGGGACCACAACCAGCUCUGUCUGGCUUCCUGGAGGAGUCUCGGAGUGCGACAGGACAUGGAGAAGGAGCGGGAGGCUCUGCAAGCCUGGAAGGAGCGCGUGGCGCAGGAGCUGGACCGCGUGGUGGCUUUCUGGACUGCGCACUCGCACGACCGGGAGCACGGGGGCUUCCUCACGUGCCUGGGCCGCGACGGGCGGGUGUAUGACGACCUCAACCCGGCCCGGAGCCCAGCAGCCCUCUACCUGCAGGUGUGGAUGUACUGUCACUUGUACAGCAAGUUCGAGCGGUUCCGCAGGUCGGAGCUUCUGGACGCUGCGAAAGCAGGUGGCGAGUUCCUGCUGCGCUGCGCCCGGGUGGCGCCUCCGGAGCAGAAGUGCGCCUUUGCGCUGACCCGGGACGGCCGCCCUGUCAAGGUGCAGCGGACCAUCUUCAGCGAGUGCUUCUACGCCCUGGCCAUGGACGCGCUCUGGAGGGUGACGGGGGACGCGCGCUACCAGAGGGAAGCCACGGAGAUGAUGGACCAGGUCGUCCGCUGGGUGCGGGAAGACCCGUCAGGGCUGGGCCGGCCCCCGCUCUCGGGGACCCUGGCCGCCGAGCCCAUGGCGGUGCCCAUGAUGCUGCUGAGCCUCGUGGCGCAGCUCGGGGACCACGACGAGGCGCUGGCCGGCAGAUACGCCGAGCUGGGGGACUGGUGCGCCCAGAGGAUUCUGCGGCACGUCCAGAGGGACGGCCACGCGGUUCUGGAGAACGUGUCUGAGGACGGCCGGGAGCUCCCUGGCUGCCUGGGGCGACACCAGAACCCAGGUCACGCACUGGAGGCCGGCUGGUUCCUGCUCGGCUAUGCCAGCAGGAAAGGCGACCCUGCGCUUCGAGCCCAUGUGAUCGAGAAGUUCCUCCUGCUGCCCUUCCACUCCGGAUGGGACCCCGAGCAUGGGGGCCUCUUCUACUUCCAGGACGUCGAUGGCCUCUGCCCCACUCAGCUCGAGUGGGACAUGAAACUCUGGUGGCCGCACAGUGAAGCCAUGAUCGCCUUCCUCAUGGGUUACAGGGACAGCGGGGACCCUGCCCUGCUGCGCCUCUUCGAGCAGGUGGCGGAGUACACCUUCUGCCAGUUUCGCGAUCCCGACCAUGGUGAAUGGUUUGGCUAUCUGAACCGAGAGGGGAAGGUCGCCCUCACCAUCAAGGGGGGCCCUUUCAAAGCCCCUGCCAUCCUGUCUCAGGCCCCGACCCGGCCGACCCGGUGUCGUUUCGGAGCGCAGCCGCAGCUGACUGCGCGAUCACGCCCCCCGGGACCCGCGACCCCCGCCGCCGUUAUGAACAUCCGCAAUGCGAGGCCCGAGGACCUGAUGAACAUGCAGCACUGCAACCUCCUCUGCCUGCCGGAGAACUACCAGAUGAAGUACUACUUCUACCAUGGCCUCUCCUGGCCACAGCUGUCCUACAUUGCUGAGGAUGAGAACGGGAAGAUUGUGGGGUACGUCCUGGCUAAAAUGGAAGAGGACCCGGAUGACGUACCCCAUGGACACAUCACCUCACUGGCCGUGAAGCGCUCCCACAGGCGCCUAGGCCUGGCUCAGAAGCUCAUGGACCAGGCUUCUCGAGCCAUGAUCGAGAACUUCAAUGCCAAAUACGUCUCCCUGCACGUCAGGAAGAGUAACCGGGCUGCCUUGCACCUGUACUCCAACACCCUCAACUUUCAGAUCAGUGAGGUGGAGCCCAAGUACUACGCAGAUGGGGAAGAUGCAUAUGCCAUGAAGCGGGACCUCACCCAGAUGGCCGAUGAGCUGAGGCGGCACCUGGAGCUGAAGGACAAGAGCAGGCACGUGGUGCUGGGUGCCAUCGAGAACAAGGCGGAGGGCAAAGGUGUCCCACUGCCGGGCCCAGGAGAGGCCUGCAGGGAGGAGAAGGCCUUGGCCGCCGAAGACAGCGGUGGGGACAGCAAGGACCUCAGUGAGGUCAGCGAGACCACAGAAAGCACGGAUGUCAAGGACAGCUCAGAGGCCUCCGAUUCAGCUUCCUAGGGCCUGUGCAUCUGCCUCAGCCCUCGAGAUGUCCCAAUAAAGCUGCGCGCGAGGCCUCGGGGA